AGCGCUGCGUAAAAGCACACACUACAAACGAAAUAAGAUUAGUUGUUGAUUAUUGUCUAUUAAUUAUUUAUCUAUUUGCUGAGUUUAUCCGCAAUCAGAGAUGAGCGCGAUCCUGAAUAAACCGUAUGAAUUAAAGGUGCGUCCGUGCAUCGACCUGAUCGACUCUCUGCGCGCGCUCGGUGUGGAGAAGGACCUCGAGCUGCCCGCCAUCGCCGUGAUCGGAGACCAGAGCUCGGGGAAGAGCUCGGUGCUGGAGGCGCUGUCCGGAGUCGCGCUGCCCCGCGGGACUGGCAUGGUGACACGAUGUCCACUUGAGCUCAAGAUGACAAAGAACAGAAACAAAAACUGCUGGAAUGGAAAGAUCCGAUAUCUGGAUAAUGAGGAAAACAUUAAUAAUCCUGCUGAUGUGGAGGAAAUUAUUAAAAAAGCUCAGCAAAAUAUAGCUGGGCCUGUGGGCAUCAGUGACGAGCUCAUCAGACUGGAAGUGAUAUCAGCUGAUGUUCCUGACCUCACGCUCAUUGAUCUGCCUGGAAUUGUUCGUGUGCCAAUGGAUGGUCAACCAGAGGACAUCUGCGAACAGAGUAAGAGGUUGACCCGAAAGUUCAUAUCAAAGCAAGGUACCAUCAUCCUGGUGGUUGUGCAGAGCAAUGUGGACAUAGCUACGUCAGAAGCACUUAAAAUGGCUAAGGAAGUUGAUCCAAAUGGAGAGAGAACCCUUGGGAUCCUAACAAUGCCUGACCUGGUGGAUAAAGGCACAGAGGAUGCAGUGGUGUCCAUCAUCAAUAAUGAGAUCAUUAACCUCACUAAAGGCUACAUGAUUGUCAAGUGCAGAGGACAGCAGGAGAUCCAUGACCGUGUCAUCCUGUAUGAAGCUAUUGAGACAGAGAAGAACUUCUUUGAAAAUCACCCUAAAUUCAGCACCCUGUAUGAUGAAGGUAAAGCCACCAUUCCCAACCUGGCUGAGAAACUCAUGCUCAAACUUGUCUUUCACAUUGAGUGUUAUCUGCCACAUUUGGAGGAGCAAAUCCAGAAUAAGUUGGAUGAAACGCUGACUGAACUACAUCACUAUGGUUCAGGGCUUCCUACAGAACCAAACCAAAGAAUUAACUGCCUGACUGAUAAAAUCACAGCGUUUACUAAGGAUGUCAUCAACCUAUCAAUUGGAGAAGACCUGAGGAAUAUGCCGCAUGUUAACAUCUUUUCAAGUCUGAGGAAACACUUUGAAGACUGGAAGAAUGAUCUAGACCAAUCAGGACAGAACUUUAAUAACAGCAUUGAGAAGGAACUGCAGGAGUAUAAGAAGAAAUACAGAGGAAGAGAACUUCCAAGCUUCAUGAACUACAAAACUUUUGAGAUCAUUUUGAAGGACCAGCUCGAAAAACUGGAGGAACCUGCCAUCAGAAAACUGAAGGAAAUCUCAGGUCUCAUAAAGACAGAAUUCAUCCAACUGGCUCAAUUCAGCUUUCACGCUUUUCCCAAUCUCCUCAAGACAGCAAAGAUCAAAAUCGAGAACAUAAAGCAGGUAAAGGAGUCAGAAGCUGAAUCAUUGCUGAGGACUCAGUUUAAGAUGGAGCUGAUGAUCUGUACCCAAGACAGCAUAUAUAAGGAUACCCUGUACACGGUCCAGGAGGGAGAAGCAGAGAAAAAAAAGUUAGGUGUGCCUUGCCCUGCUUCUCAUAAUUUGACUGAUCACACAGACGGUGUUGAGGAACUGAUGCGCCACCUGAAGUCCUACUACAUGAUUUCGACAAAGCGUCUGGCUGACCAGGUUCCGCUGGUGAUCAGGUACAUGAUGGUUCAGGACUCAGCAGUACAACUGGAGAGAGAAAUGAUACAGCUUAUACAGGGGGAAGUCAACUUUGAUGAGCUGCUGAAAGAAGAUCAUGACAUUAUCAACAAACGUAACAACCUGAAAUGCCGCCAGAAACGGCUGACAGAUGCUCUCAAUUACCUGACUACCUUUCAGAGUCAAUGAUAAAUG